GGUUCUCUUCGCGGCCGGACGGCGCUCGUCUUUGUCCCUCGAUGGCGGACGGAGGGAAGAGCGGAUACAGCGAGCAUGAUGACCGUGUGGGUGGAGGAGGAGGCGGUAACAGGGGCUUCCCUGGGCGGCGGAGAAAAGGCCGCGGCCCCUUCCGAGGGAAGAUGUACAGUGAGAUGAACCACCAUCAGAAAAACUGGAGCAAUGCAGGCUCUGGUCCUCGUAGCAGGGUUGAGGAAGAGGAUGGAGAUGUUCUCAUGAGCGACCCUCACGAUAUGCUACGAUCCCGCUACACUCCUUAUGGGCAGCGGCCAAACAGACCAGAUCGGGAGCGGGGCGGCCUGAGCAAUAUAAACCUCACCGUGUGGAAGAAUCUGGGUGCCCCAGAGCGAAAUUUUGCCAUCAGCACUGCCUCCAGAAGCAACUGGUUCAAAGUCACAAUUCCCAACGGGUGGAAAUAUGAAAAGGCAUGGCUGCUUACUGCCAUUCAGAAUCAGUGCAGUAUUCCCUUCAUUCCUUUGGAGGUUCACUAUGUUAAUAAUCGAAUUGUGUUUUACGUUGAGGAUGCCGCUGUUGCUGGUGCCCUCAGGCACGUGUCCCGGAAAAUCAUUGACCCAGACGGCUACAAGGUGACGUUGAUCAUACAUUCGUGCAGCGCACCGCCAACUGUCCAGCACGAACUGAAGCAAGAAGAGGUUGAACAGCUGAAGCAAUGUAUGAGUAAGAGAUACGAUGGCUCACAACAAGCCCUGGACCUGAAGAGUCUUCGCACAGAUCCAGAUCUGGUAGCGCACAACACUGAUGUGGUGUUGAGCCGCCGAAGCUGCAUGCUGACUGUGCUGAGCAUCAUUGAGGAGAACAUCCCUGAGCUUCUCUCUUUGAAUCUGAGCGACAACAAGCUGUACCGGCUGGAUGAUAUGGCCAAUCUUCCCCAGAAGGCUCCCAAUCUGAAAAUCCUCAAUUUGUCCGGCAACCAGUUGAAGACGGAACGUGAGCUGGACAAGUUGAAAGCAUUAAAGCUCGAGGAACUGUGGCUGGACAACAAUCCACUGUGCGAUAGCUUCCGGGACCAGUCCACCUACAUCAGCACCGUCCGGGAACGGUUUCCGAAGCUGCUGCGGCUGGAUGGUCAUGAACUGCCCCCUCCCAUCUCCUUCGAUGUAGAAGCGCCAACAACCCUGCCUGCCUGCAAGGGCAGCUAUUUUCCUUCGGAUGACUUGAAGGUGCUGGUUCUCCGAUUUCUGCAGCAAUACUACACGAUCUAUGACUCUGGGGACCGGCAAGGGUUAUUGGAUGCCUACCACGAUGGAGCCUGUUGCUCCCUGAGCAUUCCCUACUCGAAGGUGAAUCCUUCCCGGGGCACUUUGUCAGAAUACUUCAAGAACAGCAGGAACGUGAAGAAACUUAAAGAUCCCACCAUGCGCUUCAGGCUCCUGAAGCAUACGCGGCUGAAUGUGGUGGCCUUUCUCAACGAGCUGCCCAAGACUCAACACGACAUCAACUCCUUUGUGGUGGACGUCUGCGCACAAACGAACACACUACUGUGUUUCACACUUAAUGGGGUCUUUAAGGAAGUGGACGGAAGGUGUCGGGAUUCGUUGCGGGGGUUCACUCGUGUGUUCAUCGCUGUGCCUGCCAGCAAUAACGGGCUGUGCAUUGUGAACGACCAGCUGUUUAUCCGCAACCCCACCAACGAGGAAAUCCGCAGGGCUUUUGUCAUGCCAGCCCCCACCCCCUCCUCCAGCCCUGUGCCCACGCUCUCCGCGGAGCAGCAGGAAAUGUUGCAAGCUUUCUCCGUGCAGUCCGGCAUGAACCUGGAGUGGUCUCAGAAGUGCCUGUCAGACAAUGACUGGGACUACACACACGCUGCCCACGUUUUCACCCAGCUCAAGGCUCAGGGGAAGAUCCCAGAAGUGGCUUUCCUCAACUGAACGCUGGCUUCC